CACGCAUGUUUAAGUAGCUAGCUAACUAGCGUUUCGGUGCUUGUCGCGCUAUGAGUGACAGCAAUCCGCUGAUUAAAGGCAAGUUAGAAGCUUUCCGCGAACUGAAACGACAUGUUGGAGUCGCACCAACUCCACUAUCACGGGGGCGGCAUACCAAACGGUGCCGCCCAAUCCUCUCAGGAUCCGUUUGAAUUCAGACCCCUGAAGGUGGAGCCGGACGUGCUGUGCGUGUCUCAGGCGGAGGAGCUGGCCUUGCUGAGGGUGCGCGUGCAGCAGCUGGAGCGGGAGAUGGCUCGUCUGGCCGCCGAGAACCACCACCUCAAGGACCUGCUCGUCAAGGAGAUCCCUGGUCUGCUGUCGGCCAUGAGACAGACUCUAGCCCCAGCAGCCCCAGCAGCACCAGCACCAGCAGCAGCAGCAGCAGUGGGCCACGGGCUGAGCCCCGGCCACCAGCCGGACCUGCUGUGCUCGCUCUCCUCCUCGCCCUCCUCCUGCUCCUCCUCGCUGGCGCACGCCGACCGCGGCUACGGACUGCUGUCGUGGGCCGAGCACGGCCCGGGUGUCACCGCCACCGCCGCCGCCGGCCCAGAGUCCAUCCCCUCCAUCUCCGAGCUGCUCCGCUGCCGGCACCAGGAGCUGGACGGGAGCGCCGGGAGCGGCGGGAGCGACGGGAACGGCGGGAACGGCGGGCUGGAGCUGCUGGAGAGCCUCUCGAGUCGUGCGGGCGGCCUGGCGGACGUGAUGAAGUUCGAGCUGAGCGACGAGCUGGAGGACGAGCUGGCGCCGUUCCUGCGAGAGCUCGGACCGCGCGGACCCACCGCCACCCCGUGUGGGGCGUCGCCAUGCCAACAGGCAGAGAUGCGCAUGAGGGGCCGACCGCCCGGGUGCGGCCAGCUGGGAGACCACUGUCACGUGGAACAGGAGGAGGUGUUCCCUGGUUCCGGAGUGUUCUGUGAUGCCAGGGCUCUACGGCGAGCCAAUCAGAGCUCCACGCCAACAGCGAUGGUCCGGAACCUUCUAGUGGGCGUGUUCGACAAACACACACUCCUGAACAGCAACCUACGCGGAGGCAGCAGCAAAACCUCCCCCUACCACAACCACCACGCCCCCCUCGACCCCCAGAAACUCAACGCCAUAUACGACGCCACCCUGGCGCGGUUUCCCUCGGUGAGGAGAGCCCAGAUCGGCAUCAGCAUCAACUCCAAGCUGUCCGAGAUCCGCUUCUACACCCGCCGAGCCUCGUCAGAGCGCAGCCGCCAGUGAUUGGGGGGGGGGGGAGAGAUGCGGAGAGGAAGGGGAGAAAACGUGAUGAGGGAUUGACACCAGCAUGGAGCUGGGGGACAGAGUGUGUGUGUGUCUGUGUCUGUGUCUGUGUCUGUGUGUGUGUGUGUGUGUGUGUGUGUGUCUGUGUGUGUGUGUGUCUGUGUCUGUGUCUGUGUCUGUGUGUCUGUGUCUGUGUCUGUGUGUGUGUGUGUGUGUGUGUGUGUGUGUGUGUGUGUGUGUGUGUGUGUGUGUGUGUGUGUGUGUGUGUGUGUCCCUUAGCAGGGAGUCUGAGAGAGAACAUGGGUCAAAGCAAACAGCCUCCAAGAGAUAGUGAACACGACAGGAAGGACACCAGCAUCAGACAUUAUCUUAAAACGUGUGUGUGUGUGUGUGUGUGUGUGUGUGUGUGUGUGUGUGUGUGUGUGUGUGUGUGUGAGCAUAUAUAUUCUUGACCUGUCAGAGGCAGAUGUGUGUUUUCAGCUAGUAGUGAUUCACCCUUAACUAACUAACCCUGUCUGAGUGGGCUGAUAUGUCAUGUCAAGUCACACACACAUUUGGACCUAUGGACAAGUCACACACACACACUUUUGGACCUGUGGACAAGUCACACACACACUUUUGGACCUGUGGACAACUCACACACACACAUUUGGACCUUUGGACAACCCACAGACCUGGGGGGAAACAAAACUGGACAUGACACGCACACACACACACACACGCUCCCACACACACACCGGCCCCAUGUCAGCAGUGGAGUCAGUAGCACAGUAGCUUCUCGUCGUGUGUCCACACUCCUGUCUUCUGCUCUCCUCGUCUCUGGAGUUGACCGCAGGCCAAGUGCAUCAUGGGAGGACGUCCACACUAGACUGUGGUGGACAUGGACACACACACACACAAACACUUAAGACUGUGGUGGACAUGGACACACACACACACACACACACACACACACACACACACACACACACACAAACACACACACAUCAGACUGUGGUGGACAUGGACACCUGCACUGGACCUCCUUUAGCAGAUCAGGCCAGACACCACAUCACACCCCACACACGCACACACAUGCACCACACCACACCACACCACGCACACGCACACGCACACGCACACGCACACACACACACACACACACACACACACACACACACACACACACACACACACACACACACACACACACACACACACACACACACAGCAGCCUACUACUAGACCCUCCUUCAGCAGAGCAGGCCACACACACACACACACACACACACACACACACACACACACAUAGCAGGCCACUACUGGACCCUGCUUUGGCGUUGUCCGGACGGAUCUGACCAGGACAGAGUGACCAGCCCUCCUGUGUUUCCCCUUCGUCUCGUAGCACAUCACCGCAGCCAGCUGCAGCAGCUGAUAGGACUUUAGGUGUGGUGUUGCCAUGGUGAACAUCACCAAACACUAAUGAGUCAUCUACAUGGAGCAGCUGAUAGGACUUUAGGUGUGGUGUUGCCAUGGUGAACAUCACCAAACACUAAUGAGUCAUCUACAUGGAGCAGCUGAUUGGACUUUAGGUGUAGUGUUGCCAUGGUGAACAUCACCAAACACUAAUGAGUCAUCUACAUGGAGCAGCUGAUUGGACUUUAGGUGUGGUGUUGCCAUGGUGAACAUCACCAAACUCUAAUGAGUCAUCUACACGGAGCAGCUGAUAGGACUUUAGGUGUGGUGUUGCCAUGGUGAACAUCACCAAACACUAAUGAGUCAUCUACAUGGAGCAGCUGGGUAGUGUUGCCAUGGUGAACAUCACCAAACACUAAUGAGUCAUCUACACGGAGCAGCUGAUAGGACUUUAGGUGUGGUGUUGCCAUGGUGAACAUCACCAAACACUAAUGAGUCAUCUACAUGGGUUGCAGUAUUGCCUUCUGUUGUUGUAUGUAUUGUGUUGCUGUUUACACAUUUUCACGAAAGCCUACGUGUUGUCUUUUUGUAUAUGUUGUCUAAUUUCACAGUAUAAUAUGUUUCAUUGAUGAACGCUGUCCACUA